GAGGUUUAUUAUGAGCUUGGCUUUGGUUUCUGACCUGAGUAACUCUGCGCCCUGUCCAGGUACGGGAGAAAGCGGGAAAAGCACCUUCAUCAAGCAGAUGAGGAUCAUCCACGGAGCUGGCUACUCAGACGAAGACAAGAGGGGCUUCAUUCGGCUCGUUUACCAGAACAUCUUCACCUCCAUGCAGGCUAUGAUCCGUGCCACCGAGAACCUCAAGAUCCCGUACAAAUAUGAACAGAACCGGGCCAACGCCAUGCUUGUGAAGGAAGUGGAUAUCGAGAAGAUCAAUGGGUUUGAUCAGCACUAUGUCGUAGCUAUUAAAAGCCUGUGGGCUGAUCCGGGAAUCCAGGAGGCCUACGACCGUCGCCGAGAGUACCAGCUCUCCGAUUCCACUAAAUAUUAUCUUAGUGAUAUAGAUCGUGUGACUGCGGAGGGAUAUGUUCCCACCCAGCAGGAUGUGCUGAGGGUCCGUGUUCCCACCACGGGUAUAAUAGAGUACCCCUUUGACCUGGAGAACGUCAUCUUCAGGAUGGUGGAUGUUGGGGGUCAGAGGUCAGAGCGAAGGAAGUGGAUUCACUGCUUUGAGAACGUCACCUCCAUCAUGUUUCUUGUGGCUCUGAGUGAGUACGACCAGGUCCUGGUGGAGUCCGACAACGAGAACCGCAUGGAGGAGAGUAAGGCUCUGUUCAGGACAAUCAUUACCUACCCCUGGUUUCAAAACUCUUCAGUCAUCCUCUUCCUCAACAAGAAGGAUCUACUAGAGGAGAAGAUUGCUUAUUCACACCUGGUGGACUACUUUCCUGAAUUUGAUGGUCCCCAGAGGGAUGCUCAGGCAGCGAGGGAGUUCAUCCUCAAAAUGUUUGUGGACUUGAACCCGGACAGCGACAAGAUCAUCUAUUCCCACUUCACCUGUGCCACGGACACUGAGAACAUCCGCUUUGUGUUUGCGGCCGUCAAAGACACCAUCCUACAGCUCAACCUGAAAGAGUACAACCUGGUGUGAGAGGGGGGGGAGGACGGUGCUCGCGACGCACGUCUCCCCCACACCCACCCACCCCCCCAACCGCCCAUUGCACAAACGCACCCUUCUUCGGGAGCGUGCCGUCAACGCCACACGCAUCGCACAGCGCAGCACUCCGGCUCUCACACACUCAUUCUCACACACAAACAGAAAUGUUGCUUUUUUUCUUCUUUUUUUUUUUAUUUCCUUUCCAGUACGGCGUAUUUCCAGUUCCUCCCACCACCUUCAAACGUGUCCCUCCUUUCACCAAAGCCGCUCCCUCCUUCUCCUCCUUCUCUCGGCAGCUUGUUGCAUCAGUCUUCGGCCCUUAUAAAGCUGCUCCGUGUGUCAGAGCUGGCACACAAACCUUUCAGACGGGCUAAACGGUGACCGGAAGGGAUUUUUUUUUUUCUUUUUUUUUUUUUUUUUCCGUUGGCAUUUGUAUAUCUGCGUGUAUUUGGAGCAGUUUUUUAUUGCCGAUGGAUUUUGGUGAAGGAUUAAAAAAGAUGUAAUCUUAGCGCCCCGCAGAGUUGACCCUCUCUCCUUUCCUGCCAGUGUGAAAGGCACUGACUGAUAUAUCUGGUGACAUGAUCUACGGACCAGCAGUGCUGCACACAGAAGAGAGGGCUCCAUAGCGACGCAGUCAGGAUGUGAGGCCGCACGCCAGACAAAGGGACGGACUGGAGGGUUCUGCCAUCGCCUCGCAUCUUUGAAUGUACCCCAGGUGUGAGCAUCACAGUUGCAACGAAACAAAAUUUAAAGAGAUGUAUAUUAUGAAUUGAAUGCAUAUUUAUCCAUUUUCACCAAGAAGCGAGGGGUGGGGGGGUCGGGGGGUGCGCAGGUGCAGUUGAUGAAAAUCUGUUGCUGAAAAUUUUUAACAGAUUUUUAAACUGAUCUAACAAAAAUUUGUUGCAACACCAAACCGUCUGAAUCGAGUGGGCAUAAAAGCUACACAUUUUUUAAAAUUUAGCAAAAUCAAAACAACAAAAAAAAGGCAACUGUACAUUUUUUUUUUGACAUAGGUAUCCUUUUUGAAGAUAUUAAUUUUUUUCCUUUUUAAGUUUAAGUUAAUCACACGCUUCCCUGCUCCAAAAUGUAUUGUGUAUGAACUGACGGGGGACAAGCUUCCACAUGAUGCAGCACUCCCAACAUCUGGUCGCGCUGACACAGGUGCUGUGAAACGGCUCCCUCAGUACAAAACCCUAGCUCGCAGCGGGGAGGGGGGGAAAGGACCCCCGCGUUGGAAAGUUUGCACUCUCAUCCGCGAAGUUCAUCUGCGAGUAGCUAAAUCGGCGACCACGAAGGCUGGAAACUCAACGUGUCCGAUGACAUCACACUUCCUGAUGCGACGCAGUCACCAACGCCGUCAGGAUGUGCUUCUUGUAUUUCUUUUUUUUUUUUUUUUUUGGGUGUUUUUUGAGUGAUGUAUAAGGGGAAAGGGAGGAGGAUGCGCCUUUCAUAGAAAAUACUCUGAAGUCUGCAAAUUUUUGUGUAUAUUUGUAAAUACAUAUACACAAAACUCUUCUGUACAAAACAAGUGCUCUGUGGUACACUAUCUUUUGGUUUUUGAAAAGAGAAAAAAAGGAAAAAAAAUGACUUUCUUUAGCUUACAGAUUUCUCCUAUAAAUUUAUGGUAGUAUUGAAACUGUGAUUAUGAAUUUUGUUCACUUGAUUAAUAGGAUUUCAAAGAGCCGCACGGUGUUGAGGAAACGAAAGCGGGUGGUCGGAGAACAGAAAAGGAAAAGAAAGCCUCUGAACGCCACACUACUGCAACAGCUCUGUGUUCGGAGUAAAACUAACUAGGGCUGGUUCAACAAAAAAAGAAAAAAAAAUCUUGACGGUUAAGGCGAAAGGAUGAUUUUUUUUUUUUUGAGAGUAAUUAAAGAUUUUUUUUUUUAUUUAUAUAAUUUAUGGACCAGAAUGAAGGUGUUGAUAAUAUGACUGCUUGUGUUUCUGUCAUGUUGAAGGGCUCCUUUUCUCAUGGCAGAGCCUACUUGAGUCUGAACUGCUGUUAAAAAAUACACACAAAAACAAAAAAACAACAAAAAAAAACGAAUGUCUGGUAUAGUAAGAACUUUAUCUCUGCUUUCUAUUUCUUAUAGACAUUUCCAGAUGUACUUGCCAUUACAUUUCCAUCCAUUAUGAUCCCGUUUGUUUUCUUAUACCUUAGGGAGCCCUCACAUGCCCCCCCCCUCCCCCUAUUUUUUAAAGAAUCAUAUUUUUUUUCUGUUGGAUUAUAGAUGCAGCGCUGUAAUACAUACCUAGAAAAAAUGUACAGUACAAAAAUAGGUGAACUUUUUUAUCAGUGAUUGAAGACCUCUGAGGUCCAUGCUUGCUAUUUGUAACUUAACAAAAGAUGAAACGUUUAUUUAUUUUAUUUUUUGGGUUUGCAUUAAUUUCCAAUUUUUUUGAAGGCUUGCUUUGAAUAGUGCCAGUGAAGUGCAGAUAUGACUUUUUCUUUUGGUCUCGUACACGACCUUUUCUACAAGUGAUUUACCCUUCAUCCUCAUUAAGGGCUAUAUCACAGUGCAUCCGACAGCGGGGAGUGGAGUAAAGGACCACAGUGAACCAAGUCAUCCACUAAUACUACUACUACGUGUUUAGAAAGAGAUUAUUUGCUGUCUGUGCUAUUAAGAAGUAAAGGCAGAGUGUUAACACAACUGUAAGGUGCGUGUAUGUGCGUGAGUAGAGAGUUUUUACCAACACUUUAGAUGCGCUCUUUAAGUUUUUUUUUUUUUUUUUUUUUCCUUUCUUUCUGGUUUCUCACGACAUUUAGUUUGCAUCUGUAUCGCAGUGUUGCUUGUAAUCCAUCAUGGAGUGUUGAGGCGCUUUUAUCAUUACGGACACUACUACCAGGACAAGUAUUGCAUGAGUUCCCCAAGUAUUUGAGUGACAGCUAGUAAGCCAAGAAAUGAAACGUUAAUGGUGUACUGGUGUCUUUGCAUAUUUUAACCUGUGUUCAUGUCUGCUUUCAUGGCAGCUGAAGAGGUGCAAUAGUGAUGCUGAUGAUGCUAACCUGGUUGUGGACCCCAAAAAUGAGUCACCCACCCUAAUCUGGUGACUGAGUCCAUUACACUCAUGCAAAGCAGUGAUCAAUUCCAGUUACAUGGAUAGUUUUUUGAAGGGAGCUUCUGUUAAAACAUCAGCAGGCAGGUAAGCUCUUGCAUGCAGUGGAGAACUCUUUGGUUCUUCCUCUGGGAUGCAGAUUGUUCGGCCUCGAGCUAAUGGCUAGUCCAAGACCUUCUCUUUAAAACUCUUUUUAUGCAAACAGAAUUUUAUGAACCUUGUAUUGGACCCUCCAAAACAAUAAAGCGGUUGUUUCCAGUGCAAGCUGACAGCAUCUCUGGGAUUCACUGAAAAUAUGGAAGUUUUUAAUUGGUUAGAUGACGUGUUGGAGUAUCUCUGCCCCCUUAAAGUCAGGCUUUAGUAAAAAUCCAGGUUAGUUGGGACGUCUAAAGCUAACAGCUAAAACUAGGAGGGCCAAAACUAAAGGGGAGUUCCGUUGUCUUAAAAGAAGCACAGUGGCUAAUGCACUCCCUGUUUUAUACCCCAUCGCACUGUCGACAGGUUUGCAACAGGGGGUUAUUUACACGGAAACUGAAUACUGGAAAUGGGGCGAUCCGCCACCGCUGAUCUUCCUGUGUGAACGCACACUGAGAAAAGAACAAGUAAAGUGUUUGUGGUCGGCGUAAUCACCCAGUAGAAUGGGAGAGUGGUGUGAAAAGCAAGAAAUACCCCAGUUUAAGUGUUUGCUGUUUUGUAUAUUUACACGGCAUUAGUUUUCUGACGGGAAAUGCGUUGCGUUUUCUGUUCUACCUCAGUUUUCCAAGUGAUCGGCUUCUGCUUUAAAUGGUCACCGACUGCAAACAUGAUAAUUUAAAGGUUCAUAAAAAUGUCUGCAUACAUCACAGAUACCGUAGAAAACCUGUUUGCUCUUUUUCCUUCUUGGACAAACCAUUAUCUUCAGAUUAAUCCCAAAGUGGCUAACAGUUAGCCGCUAACUGAUCUGGAUUUAUGCUUUAUGAAGCUCUCGUUCAUUGAAAUGGUUUGACAGGACCUGAUGUCAAUAAUCCAGAACUGUCCCUUUUUUUUUAAUAAUCCUUGAACCACCUGAGGUUUCUAGCCAUGUCGUACUCAUUCCUUUAAAAGAAACUGACAGAGGAGCCAGUUUCCAAUGUAAUCAGGUUAAAAUAUGCAACCGUGCGCCAGUAUGCUAAUGCUGCCAUUUUCUCUGCUGAAAACGACACUAACCUCUUACUGAGGAGUGACCGCUGCUAUGACUGCAGUCAUAUAGAGGAUCAUAGUGAGCAUAACCAAGUGUUUAUCAGUGGUGUUCUACUUUUUGCUGAGUGCAGCUCACCUAAAUGGUCUCAGACCGUGUAUUCGCUAACUAAGCUCUACAAUCUGGCACGUGGUGAAGGGCCAGCUGGCUGCUGGUGUGGGUUUGCUUGUGUUAGUCCUCCUACUUCUUCUUUCGUUCUGCUUUGGACAUGUAUUGUUUCAGCAUAACCAAGCAGCAAAGAGGGAUACAGUUCAGUCUCCUUUCAUUCAUGACUGUUUUCAUUCUCCCUUCACACUACAUUACUAAUUUAUUGCCUUGAGUUAAGAAGAGAGAUGGCCCUUUACGAUGUUUCUGUAAGCUUGUUGUUACACUAAGGGAAAUCAGAUUUAUCUCUAACACAUCUGUAUAGAGUUGGACACUCGGCCCAAAGCUCGUUUCUCUUCUUUAUGUAAUGUAAACAUGUUUUUUUUUUUUUUUUUUGGACCACUUGAAUUAUUUUUCCCCUCACUCCAGUGAAAGCUGAAUUUCAACCAUGUAGUUUGUAAAAAUGUCUUCUUUUUUUUCCCCUCCUCCUUUUUUAAGUAUUCAAACCAACAAGUAAACAAUGUAUUAUUCUGAGUGUGCCAACCUCACUCUCCAGAGCCAGGCUCUCUCUUAAGUGCCAAUGAUGUGGUCAUUAUCAGAAAGACCACCAUUUGAGAGGGGGGAGGGCCUCCCCUUUGUAAAAAAAUAAAUAAAUAUAAAGACUAAAGUGAUAAUUGUGAACACACAACAAUUUUGUUCUGUAUUUAAGAUUGAUUGAUUUGAAAGAUGAUUUUUUUUUUUUAAGAAACUGUAAUUAUAUCUGCAUGUGGUGUUUGUUUUGUGUUGAAAGUGAGGGCUUGGAUGUUUUCACUGAAGUAGAGCCCUUUUGUUAAAUAGGGUUCAAUCAGUCGGUUAUAAUUGAUUUACAAUAACUCUUGCCAUAUUUUUUUUUAUUUGUUUCAUGUAUUUGUUUCAACCACUGUUGCCUGAUCCUCAUUCAAACAUGAACAUGACUUAUGAUCAUUGUCGCCUUUUAAGAGAGAAACAUAAUGACAAGGUAUCUGUUUUAAAUUGAAAUAAAUUUGUUCCUAUACUUGC